AUGAACUCGGAAUUCGCCAACUCGUCGAUUUCCCUGUGGGACAUGUUUUACGUGGGUAAUACUCGUCGACACAUGCACAAGGACGUCGAACACAUACCGCAGCAUAUAUACGCACAGGUAAAUUGUAUCUGCGCCUAUAAUAUAAUACCAUAUAGUAUAUAUACACUGUAAACACAAAGCAGGAUCAGUCACAAGAUAAUAAAUAUACAGCUGUGAUAUUAUAAUUCACAAUACUAUAAAUCGAUCGGAAACACGGCUAAAGGCACAGCAGAAUAUAAUAACAAAAUAGUAUUUAUUUUUUUAUUAAUUGAAAUAUUUUAUCGACGAUUUCUUCAGGCUUGGCCAUAUUUCUUGAUUCUGUUGGUGUUAGAAAACGGAUUGCGAUUAUGGCAAAAAAAAGAUGUGCUCAGACUCAACGACAGCAUAACAUCGAUGAGCCACGCCAUUUUGCAAGAGCUGUUCGCCAAGUAUGUGUUUAUAUAAUAAUAAUAAUAAUAAAUAAACAAUGAAACGACUGCCCCAUUUGAAUGUGUUUAGAUUCGUAUUUAGAGGCUCGGAACAUUGUUUAUACUUUUGGAUUUAUGCUAACUAUAAAAUUUACGAACUUCCAUGGGAUUCGACGGGAAUCUGGUGUUUUGUCGCGAUUGCAGUUGAUUUCUGUUAUUAUUGGACACACAGAGCCAGCCACGGUGCAAACUUCUUCAUUGUCUGUAAUGCAGAGGAAAAAACACGGUUAAUAUGAUUUAAAUUUUUUAGAAAUUCACAUUUUUUGGGCACAACACCAGGUCCACCAUAGUUCCGAGGAAUUCAACGUCACCGUCGGUGUUAGACAGUCGGUGUUUCAGAGUUUAGUCGGAGUUGUAAGUGAUAGAAAAAAAAAAAAAAACAAAUAUUGUAGUAAACCUUAAAUUUAUUUUAUAGCAACCGUGUUAAAAUAAUAUGUAAUUUGUAGUUGUGCUACGUACCUCUUGCUUUGAUCGUUCCACCGGUUUUACUGUUGGUACACCAACAGUUGAAUUUAUUGUACCAGAUUUGGAUUCACACCGAAACGAUAUCGACGCUUGGACCGUUGGAUUAUGUUCUGAACACUCCGGCCUAUCACAGGGUACACCACGGUAUAUGGACUGAUGUAUAUAAUACCAUGUAUUUUGUGUCCAGCAAGCCAAUUGCAGUUGGAACAAGUAUUCUUAAUGAAAUUGCGUAAAAUUUCAUAUUUUUAGGGAGUAAUCUGUAUUGUUUGGACAAGAACUACGGUGGCGUUUUAAUUGUAUGGGAUCGGAUUUUCGGGACGUUUCAAGAGUUGCGCCCGGACAAGCCGAUCACCUACGGUCUAGUGUACCAGAAAAAUACGUUUAACCCACUGGCCUUGCAAGUAAAAACACUUUAUCGCAUAUAAAACAUCACUAUUAUUAUAUGUAGAUUACGGGGUCAGGCUAAUAAAAGUUACGUGUACCAAAGUUACGUAACUCAGUUAAUUUUAACCUAAGUCCUGUGUUGUGGUUUUGUCUAGAUUGAUACAUAUGUUAAUUGAAUCGUCUAUAUGUCUUUUUUAAUCGAUUGAAAUAUAUUUAUUAAAAAUUAUAGGUAAAUGAAAUAGUUAUUAAGUUACAUCAAUCACAUAACUUUAAUGAGACAUCUAGAUGUGUACCAAAUCUGUACCUUUUAUAGAUGCAAUUUUUGUUGACAAUAUAAAGUUAAAUGUGUUCGAAUAAUCAAAUUCAAAAAUAAAUAUUAAUUCUUGUACGUUAAAUAUCGUGAAAAUAAAAAUUUGGAUCAUAUAAAAUUGAAAAUAUACAAAAAAAAUAUUCUUUAGAAAUACAAUGUAAUAUUGCAAAUUAAAUAAUAUGAGACUUCUCAAAAACUAGCCGAUAACGAUAAUUUUCAAAAACUACAUUAUAAUUAUCGCACAUCAUACAUUAUUUAGUCGAUAAUUUAAUGUAAUAUGUAACUAUAGAUAUGUAUACAGAUGCUUCAUUUUUAAGUUACUUCUAAUGUAUCGUAAUGAUAGUUUUAACUAUUUGAUUAACUCGGCUAACCAUGCAGUAUAAUAUAUACAUCAUGUAAUAAUGGCUUUUAUUGUUUAUUAUUUUUCGUACCUAUAGUUUUUUUACAACUUUCACGUGUUCCAUAAGUGGAACAUUAUGAAGGGCUGGAAGAACAAAUUAAGAUCGGUCGUCAAAGGCCCGAGUUGGAUACCCGGUCUGUCGUGGACGGGUCACGACGGAAGGCGUGCUAGCGUAAUUGACUACAUCAUUAUAAUAUUACCUAAACUAUACCUACUGUUUUAAACAAUAUACUAUAUACCUGGUAUUUUUUUUUUAUUUUAAACACCGACGUCAUUUGAUUUAGGUUCCUGGACGCAGAAAAAAAUACGACGUGAAAAUAUCGUUUGCGUUUAAGUUGUAUUUACUAAUCCAUUUUGUUGCGGUCAUUUACGGAUAUUCCAUUUAUUUAACGGAAAUACCUCGUUUGGUAAGUUCAUGUAAACUACAUGAUAAUAUUAUUACACUAUUGUCGCAAUGGUUAUCUGCAAUUGCAGUUAUUGCAGAUAAUUUGAAGGGAUUACAUUUUUGUAAACUACAAUGAUAUUAAAAAUAUUGGGUUAGAUAAGUAGCGUGCAUAUAACUUUUGUAUGGGGGUGACUGGGAAAAGACAAUGGCAAUAAAUUUCUUCGUGAGGGAAUAAUGUUUUUUUUAAUCUAUAUAUGAAUUUGUGUUAUGUAAAAAUGAAAAAAAGCAAUGGGGAGGGGAUCAGACUCUUUCCCCCCAUUUACCUAUGUGUCCCUAGGUUAAAUAAUAAAAUAAAAAAAUGUACAAAAUGUUAAUAAUUCACACAAAAAACAAAUAUAUUAUUUUAUUACAAUAAUCAUUAUUAUUCUAACCACUUAAAAUUAAUAAAACAUUAAUAACACACACACACACACACUCGAUACAUACAAACAUUUUGGUUUGAACAUUGUUUAUAUGACGCGAAUCUGAUGUACGAGGUUACCUCACAAAAUAGCUGAUUCACUAAACUGUUUACCCGAUAUGCGUCUGAUGCGGGAGUAAGGCAAAUUAGGAUGAGCCAUUAACAGCUGUGAAAAAGAAAUUGGUUUACACGACGUAAAAACUGGCGAAUCGCCUUUGAUGUGUGUUCAAAAACUCACUACAGUACAGUGGUCCGGUUCGCUGUGAGGCCGCUUCGCGCGAAAUCACGUCUCGCCUCGUCGCGCACGAUGUGACUCGCGCAUCAGAUUCACGUCUUGUGAUCCCAGAUUUAGGAUAUAAUUAUUAA